GAGUUGAGGAUGAAUGUGGAACGAAUGAAAACUCUCGUCUCUAUGACGAAGCCGCCGCGGUCAAGGGAACAGCGUGGUCCCAGGAGACGGUCAUGGGAGCGUUUCACGGUGAAAGGAAUCGGCACGCGGGACCGUGCCGAUGGUCUUCCUCCCCAAACCUUGCUCCGGAACCGCGGCCACUGCUGCUGCUUCUUCGUCUUCUUCGUCUUCUUCACAAUUUUUGCAGAACGUGGGAGCUCGUUUGCAUUCGCUGCCGUUUCUAUGAGCUCCAUCGAGGUGUUUUCCACGCCCGGCGAGGUUCUGGGCUCCCUUGCUGUUUACGCACCUGGGCCUGGAACCUAUGCAUGGGGCGGCAAUGUGGUGUCAUCUGUUGUCGGCCUCCAAAGGGUCGUUCCACCCUCCCCUGACGCUCCCGAUCAGAGGCCAAUCAUAGAGGUUAGCAGGGAGAAAGAACAAGGAGCAGUACCAGGACCUGGUGCACAGGUCACUGCCAAGAUUAGGAAGGUACAACCAAGACAAGCAAUCGCGGACAUUCUAUGUGUGGGGACGAGGGCAGUUAAGGAGAAAUUCAGAGGCCUUGUCAGGCAACAAGAUGUGCGAGCAACUGAGAUAGAUAAGGUGGACAUGCACCUAUCAUUUCGACCUGGUGAUAUCAUAAGGGCGGAAGUUCUUUCGCUUGGAGAUGCUCGAGCCUACUUCCUUUCCACUGCCAAGAACGAGUUGGGCGUCGUAUCUGCAACCAGCGACGCUGGUGCACAGAUGGUGCCAAUCAGCUGGCAGGAGAUGCAAUGCCCUGUAACUUUUCAGAAAGAGUUUCGCAAGGUAGCCAAGGUAGUAUAACAUGCAUCAUGCAGUGAGAUUUAAAAGACUUGCUAGCAUUCUGUAGCCAGUCGUGUGUUUGGAGGACGAGACAAAGUCAAGAUCCUGUGCAAGUAACUAUAAGCGCCAGUUCCAACGAAAGCUGUACUAGUGCUAUCAGAUCUUGGAGAACUAAUGGCAGAGAGAGAGGAGAGAGAGAGAGAGGCUUUUUACACAGGAGAAGGCUUAGCACGCCACUCGGUGCUGUGGGAUGGAGUACAAGAUGUCAACUUGUUAUCAAUCCUGUGAAUUUUGAACCCGGGUUCAUCGCUGCAUAAGCCCAGCCAUGGAAUCCUUUAGGCUUGGGUGGAGCAUUGACAUAAAUCAACGCCUUACCAUAGCCCAACAAUCCUAUUUAUUUUGGUGUGUCAUUGAAAUACUAAAUGAAAAUUUAUUGAGGAUUAUCUAA